AAUUCCCUACUUAAAUUGGAGUUUCGCAAAAUUCGCAUACAUUCGCCAAAACGCCUGAAAACCAUAAAAAAUUGAAAAUGCGAGAAUUAUGUUACAAUUUGAAAAUAUAAGUUGUACAUAUGUGCAAUUCUACAUAGCGACACCUCUGAUAUCGAAAUUCGAAAUUUCAAUGUGAAUUGAGAAAAAUUGUGGAGUGAUUAGUGAGAUAGCAGAUCUGUGCUGCCCCCGUACGGAAUCUUCGAAAGCCUAUACAUCUUUUUUUAUGCCAUUUAUGAAUUCCCGCCUGCAGAUUGUAAACUAUAUCAUUUUUUCUGUGGUUGGGUCUAGGAAUUAAAUGUCGUUCUAAGAAAAAGUCCGGAACGACGUGAUAUUGUGUUGACUGUGUUGCACAGUGCCUCAUUUGGUUACCUUUCACAGGAAAGCAUUCUUCGUAAACUGACUUGUCGUGUAAAUUAGCUCUAAAUGUAGCAUUGUGUACAAGCCGGUUCACACAUGUGAAUUUGAAACGGGAGGUGUGAGGAACCUCAGCUGUCAAGAGUUUAUAGAAGAUUCUUUAAAUAAUAUCUUUACGUAUUUUUGCAAAUAUGUCAGACGGAGAAGACGACUUUAUGUGCGAAGAAGAAGAGGACUACGGGCUGGAAUACUCGGAAGACUCAAAUUCGGAACCUGAUGUUGAUUUAGAAAAUCAAUAUUACAAUAGCAAAGCGUUGAAGGAAGAGGAUCCAAAAGCAGCUCUACAAAGUUUUCAAAAAGUUCUGGAUCUCGAAGGCGGAGACAAAGGCGAAUGGGGCUUCAAAGCACUUAAACAAAUGAUCAAAAUAAAUUUCAAACUGUCAAAUUACAAGGAAAUGAUGACUAGGUAUAAACAAUUAUUAACGUACAUUAAGAGUGCAGUGACGAGAAAUCACUCUGAAAAGUCCAUUAAUUCUAUUUUGGAUUACAUUAGCACAUCGAAAAAUAUGGAAUUGUUACAAGAUUUCUAUGAAACUACGUUAGAUGCUCUAAAGGAUGCCAAAAAUGAUAGAUUAUGGUUUAAGACAAAUACGAAAUUGGGAAAACUCUACUUCGAUAGAUCUGAUUUCAAUAAAUUAGCAAAGAUAUUGAAACAGCUACACCAGAGUUGUCAGACUGAUGAUGGCGAAGAUGACUUGAAGAAAGGUACACAACUAUUAGAAAUAUAUGCCCUAGAGAUCCAAAUGUAUACGGCACAGAAAAAUAACAAGAAAUUAAAAACACUUUACGAACAAAGUUUGCACAUUAAAAGUGCUAUUCCUCAUCCUCUUAUAAUGGGCGUUAUUAGGGAAUGUGGAGGAAAGAUGCACUUAAGAGAAGGUGAAUUUGAAAGAGCACACACUGAUUUCUUUGAGGCCUUCAAGAACUAUGAUGAAUCUGGUUCACCAAGGCGUACAACCUGCUUGAAAUAUCUAGUUUUGGCAAAUAUGUUAAUGAAAUCUGGGAUAAAUCCAUUUGAUUCUCAAGAAGCGAAACCAUACAAGAAUGAUCCUGAAAUCUUAGCCAUGACGAAUUUAGUUGUCAGUUAUCAGAAUAAUGAUAUUAAUCAAUUUGAACUGAUUUUAAAACAAAAUAGAAACAAUAUUAUGGAUGAUCCUUUCAUCAGAGAGCACAUUGAAGACUUACUGCGUAAUAUUAGAACCCAGGUUCUUAUUAAGCUGAUAAAGCCAUAUACUAGAAUUCACAUCCCCUUUAUCAGUAAAGAAUUAAAUAUUGAUGCGUCAGAAGUUGAAAGUCUUUUGGUAUCCUGCAUUUUGGAUAAUACAAUUCGUGGACGCAUUGAUCAGGUAAAUCAAGUACUUGAGUUAGAUAAAAAAUCACUAUGUGCUGCACGCUACAAUGCUCUGGACAAAUGGACGACUCAGUUGCAUUCUUUACAUUUAGGUAUAUCAAAUAAAAUGUGGUAAGCAAUACUAAAAACGUCACAAAUAAGUCCCUGCUACUUCUGUAUAGUAUAAUAUUAACACCCAAUUUUUUCCAAAUAUAUUGAAAAUAAAGUGUUAUGUGAUAUUUUACAAUGACAAA